AUGUCAUUGUGCUUAAAUUCAGAGACAAUGCCCUGUAAGAAAAAGAAGGUAGUCCAAUUUGUGCACUCCAGUCCUGCACAGAAAUCUGCAAAGGCAGUAUCCAAUAAAUACAAACUAAAAGGGAAGAGGAUGAGUCCGAGAAAGAAGAAAGAGGAUGGCUCAUGCAAGACCUUCUGUGAGGCCAAUAACAUCAGUGAUCCGACAAACAUCCUCAAAAUCUUCCAAGGACUGAUGGUGACUGGAAGGCCUUUGGGCCUCGACGAAACAUCGCUAACAACAGGGAUCUCUGGUGAAACCAAUUUUAUUAUGAUUGAUCGAAACGAUGUAAUUCGAACCUCCUUUGACGAAAUAAACGACAUCCCUGACCUAAGGAAAUGUUUAGAGGUUCAAUUUUAUGGUGAGACUGCUGUUGAUUAUGGUGGACCAAGAAAGGAAUUAUUCUGCCUUAUUCUUCAAACUCUACAGACUGAAUACUUUGAUCCUGUGAAAGAGUGGUGUAACAAUUAUGAAAUCAUUGGAAAGAUAAUGGCCCUGAGUACACUCCAAAACGGUAGGCUACCACGACUUUUAACAGCAGAAAUAGUACAGGAAGUGUUUUUUAGCGAUUCGGAACGACCAUGCGUAUUUGAUCUAAGAAAGGGACUAGACAGUCUAGGGCUUAUACAGCUAACCCGUGAAAUGCCAUCAUUCAUUCACUUAUUCACUCCAAAAGAGCCAACCCCUGUAACUGUAAAAAUGGUAACGCAACUAAUGGAACCACAUUUCAGUGAAGAAGGAUCCAACCGCAGAACAUUGGAAUCUGCAAUAUACUCACGAUUUAUUAAAUACAUACGGGAAGCAGCAAGUGAACGUAGGCAGCCAGUUACUCUUGGAAAGGUGCUGAAAUUUGUUACUGGAACAGAAGAAAAGCCUGUGUUGGGAUUUUCGUUGAAGCCAUCCAUCCACUUCUCAGAAAACAAUCAUUUUUGCCAUCCGCCAAUACAUGUAUCAACUGCUUAAAUUUGACCAUUCCCUCCGAGACUGCGGCUAUUCCAAAUGACACCGAGCUGUUCAACCUGUAUGAUUAUGCCUUCUCAAAUGACUUUUUUGGACUGCAAUAAAUUUGAUCAAAUGUGUGAGACAGGGGAAAAGAACUACUUGAGAUAAUACAGCCACGGUGUA